AUGCUCCCCACCCCAUCGACAGACCACGUCUCCUUCGACACCAUCUACGAACCCUCCGAAGACUCCUACCUCUUCCUCGACACGCUCUCCUCCGCGUCCGAAUCACAAUGGCUCUCCGAGCGCUUCAAUAGCACGAGCACCGCCUCCCCGCUAGUCGUCGAAGUCGGCACCGGCUCCGGCGUCGUCCUCGCCUUCGUCGCCGCCAACUCCCACGAGAUCUUCGGCCGUCGCGAUAUCCUCACCCUCGGCACAGACGUGAACCGCAACGCCUGCGUCGCCACACGCAAAACAGUCCAAACAGCCAUCCAAGAGCGGCAAGCAGCCGCAGCCCUGAAAUCCGCGCAUAUCGCCUCGGUGCUGGGUGAUCUCUGUAGCCCGCUGCGCACGGGCUUCGUCGACGUCCUUCUCUUCAACCCGCCGUAUGUGCCGACGGAGGAACUCCCGCGUCUGCCCUUGGUGACGGAGCACGAAGCCGAGACCGCGGCGGAGCCGCUGUCCAGGUCGGCCAAGUUCGAGCGGGACUCGUACUACCUGUCGUUGACGUAUGCGGGGGGCAUGGAUGGGAUGGAGACGACGAAUCGGUUGCUUGAGGCGGUUCCGGGCGUGUUGCAUCCCGAGCGUGGGGUAGCGUAUGUGCUGCUCUGUGCGCAGAACCGGCCGGAGGAGGUCAAGGAGAGGAUACGGGGGUGGGGAGGGGGGUGGAAGGCCGAGUCUGUUGGAAAUAGUGGGACGCAGGCUGGGUGGGAGAAGUUGGUGAUUGUGAGGAUAUGGAGGGAAGUUUCUUAG